AUGACUUCUCGCUUAACGACUCCUAAUGGCAAAGGCUUUCAGGAUCCUGACGAAGAAUGUCCAGUUUGCAGGAACACUCGAUAUCUUACUCCCAAUAUGAGGUUGCUUGUGAGUGAAUGUUAUCAUAAAAUGUGUCAAUCGUGUAUCGAUCGUUUGUUUGCUAAUGGUGCAACUGAAUGCCCUAUCCCAGGCUGUAAAAAGACAUUAAGAAAAAUAAGCUUUGUGGAACCGACGUUCGAAGAUUUAAGUGUUGAGAAAGAAGUUAGAAUUCGUAAAAAACUUGCUCAACAGUUUAAUAAGCGUAGGGAAGAUUUUAAUGCCCCAAAGGAAUAUAACGACUAUCUUGAAAUGGUUGAAAAGUUGGUAUGGAACCUUAAUAAUGAUAUCGAUCUGGAAAAAACGAAAGCUCGGAUUGAAAGUUUCGCCACUGAAAACAGAGAAAUAAUAGCAAGAAACGCAAAAAAGCAGUUCGAAGAAGAGGAAUGGGCUUCUAGAGUUCAAGAUAAUGAACGAAAAAAAAAGAAAAAAAAUUUCGAAGAGUAUACUAAUAAAUUGGCUGAGGAAAAAAAAGCCAAAGAAGCACAUAAAGCUGAAGUAAUUGAAUUACUGGCGAAUUCCACAGAAUCAGCAAAAUCAAUAUUGGAAAAGAAGGGAGUAGCUCGCAAGAAGUCCAAUAUUCGUAUCAAAGAUUCAUUAGACAAUGAUAAUAAUGAUGGUAUUGGUGAAUUAUUGAUCGGUUUAGAUAAAGUUUCCCAAGAAGAAGAGACAAAAGAAUUUGAUCCUAUUGCGUCAGAAUAUAUGGACAUUGAUCAUUAUACGCUCAAAGAUAAAUAUUACGACACAUAUUUGCCCACUCCUUCACUUAUUAUGCGAGCGGGCGGGUAUAAUCCAAAAUUUGCUUAUGAACGUUCGCUUCAGAGCGCGUUUUCUGGCAUUUUUAGCGAUAAAAAAGAAGAAAAAAUGUAUUCGUAA